AUGCCUGAAAAACCUACCCCAAUGUGCCGAAUUUUGGCCCCAAAAACUGUGUGGGAAACUAUCGCCAUGGACUUCAACGGUCCAUACGCUAAAUUUGGGGGAGUUUCCAUUCUGGUCAUCAUAGACUACAGAUCGCGAUACAUUAUUGCACACCCUGUCAAGUCAACCAGUUUUGAAUAUACUAAAAAGGUUCUGGAAGAUGUUUUUAACCGGGAAGGUUUUCCUCGCUACAUAAAAACCGACAAUGGUCCUCCCUUCAACGGAGAGGAAUUCAAGCACUACUGCGUCGAACGUGGUAUCCAAACAGUGUAUUCAACUCCUCUUUUUCCUCAACAAAACGGACUUGUUGAAAAUAGUAUGAAGUUAAUUAAUAAAGCGAUGUCCGCAGCAGUUACUGGCAACUCGAAUUACGUCAAGGAACUUCAGCAGGCCGUGCACGCUCAUAAUGCCGCGGCUCACUCUGUUACUGGAGUUCCUCCCGAAGAGCUUCUAUCGGGCCGCAAAAUCCGACGUAGACUUCCUCUAUUGACCAGUUCCAAAGUGAUUCACGAUGAUGAAACUAUCAAUCGCCGAGAUUUCAACGCGAAGAUGCAAGGAAAAAUCAACGAAGAUGCGAAACGAGGUGCCCGUAAGUGUCGCGUGCAACCUGGAGAUUCAGUUGUUGUGGCUCGGCAGUUGCGAAUGAAGGGGGACUCCAGAUUUCUACCAACGCAGUAUACGGUUGUCGUACGCUACAAAUAUUCUUCGAAAUCUGAGGAAUAA